AUGGUUUCCUUCACCAAGCUGUUCACUGCCGGCCUUGUCGCCACUUCGGCCAUCGCCGCCCCCGUCGAGGUCAAGCGCACCAGCUCCAGCAAGCGUGGUGCCGCCUACAACGACGUUAGCACCGUCUCCACUCUGAGCAACAGCGGUGUCAUCUCAUGGGCCUACAACUGGGCCGGCUCUUUGUCCGGAAGCAUGCCCUCCAACGUCGAGUUCAUCCCCAUGCUUUGGGGAGCCAAGGACUUCGGCGGCUGGAUCACCACCGUUGAGACCAUUCUCAACCAGGGCAGCAACUACAUCCUCGGUUUCAACGAGCCCGACAUGUCCUCCCAGGCCAACAUGAGCCCCUCCGAUGCUGCUGGCUACUACAAGCAGUACAUCACCCCCUUCUCCGGCAAGGCCAAGCUCAUCUCUCCCGCCGUGACCUCCUCCACUACCGACGGUCUCGGCCUGAGCUGGUUCGAGUCUUUCAUCGGUGGCUGCUCCGACUGCAAGAUCUCCGGUCUUGCUGUUCACUGGUACGGAAACACCGCCGACGAGUUCAAGUCCUUCGUCACUCAGGCUGUCGACACUGCUAGCAAGCACAGCCUCGAGGAGGUUUGGAUCACUGAGUUCGCUCUUAGCGCCGAUGCUAACGGCUCUUCUGAUCUCGCUACCACUACUGCUUUCCUCAACGAGGUCAUUCCUUGGUUGGACUCUCAGUCCGGUGUCACUCGCUACUCUUACUUCAUGUGUGCUGAGAAGUACCUUCUCACUGACAGCGCUCUGAACGAGGCUGGCACUGCUUACACUUCUUAA